CACCAAUAAAAACGUUGGACAACCGACAACCAAAUCCAGUAGCGAAAACCGUAAAGUCCGUGUCUGUGUGCCGCGCUUUCUCUAUUUCUUUCUUUCUUUGGAUCAUCAUCUUCCAUCAUCAUCAAAGCUACUUCACUGAUUACUGAUUACUGCCGAUUUUUCUCUCCCCUUUCAAUCAAUCUCCAUUGUUAACAUCAGGCAAUGAGAUUUGUAAGGCACAAUCAAAAGCAUUCUUCAUUGAAAUUCGCACUUUUCGUAUCAGUACUUGCACUUGUUGGAGCUGCUUUUGUUGGAGAUCUCUUAUGGACAUCGUCUUCUUCUUCUACUCUUUUUGCUUUUCGUUAUGUUACUGAUUCUUGGUCCAUUCCGUAUUCUCCCACGCUUAAUGUCCCCAAUUCUAGCUACUCUUCUCAAUCUAAGGUGAAGGGCAAAGAUCAGGGAAAGAAUAUACCUUCGGGAAGAAUUCUAUCAGCUACUUUUGCCGACUUACCAGGACCUGAACUACAUUGGGAGAAGUUACCUACAGCUCCGGUGCCUCGUCUAGACGGGGCUGCCAUCCAGAUAAAGAAUCUUUUGUAUGUGUUUGCCGGAUAUGGAAAUAUCAACGCUGUGCAUUCCCAUGUUGACAUCUUCAAUUUCACUGACAACACUUGGGGUGAAAGUUUUCCGAUGCCAAAGGAGAUGGCUCAUUCUCAUUUAGGAAUGGUAACUGAUGGGAGAUAUAUAUAUGUAGUCACUGGCCAAUAUGGUCCGCAAUGCAGAGGGCCGACAGCCCGUAAUUUUGUGCUGGAUACUGACACAAAGCAAUGGAAAGACCUUCCUUCUUUGCCAGUCCCUAGGUAUGCACCAGCUACUCAACUUUGGAGAGGAAGGCUGCAUGUCAUGGGAGGUAGUGGAAUAAAUCGGUACACACCUGAAUUAGACCACUGGAGUCUGGCGGUGAAGGAUGGGAAAGCAUUAGAGAAUGAGUGGCUAUCGGAAAUACCUAUACCUCGUGGUGGACCUCACAGGGCUUGUGUUGUGGUUGAUGACAAACUACUGGUUAUUGGGGGUCAAGAGGGUGAUUUUAUGGCCAAACCCGGGUCACCAAUUUUUAAGUGCUCCCGCAGGCAUGAGGUGGUAUAUGCGGAUGUUUUAAUGCUGGACGACAAGAAGUGGAAAAACUUGCCUCCCAUGCCAAAACCAGAUUCCCAUAUAGAGUUCGCCUGGACUAUAGUUAACCACUCCAUCAUCAUAGCUGGAGGUACUACUGACAAACAUCCCAACACAAAAAAGAUGAUCCUGAAUGGAGAAAUUUUUCGUUUUGAUCUAGACACACUGAAAUGGUCAGUGAUCGGUAAGCUUCCUUACCGUGUCAAAACUACUCUUGUCGGAUUUUGGGAUGGUUGGUUCUAUUUUACAUCUGGUCAACGCGAUAAAGGACCUGAUGAUCCAUCUCCCAGAAAGGUCAUUGGAGAAAUAUGGAGAACUAAAUUAAGCUUUUAGUCAUUUUUUUUUUACAAUGUUAAUGUUAGAUAGGUCAUAUUCUUCAUAUAUCAACCACUGUUAGAUUUGUUUCUUCAUAUUCAAUACCAAGAAGGAAAGGCAAGGAAUAUGACAUUCACGAAGAAAAAUCAAUUUGUUCGUUUUAAUUCAUGUAUAUCUCUUGUAAACUUUAGAAAUCAAUGAAGUCUAGCCCUUAAUUGUUAAGGGCAUUUUGUGUUUCUUUAUCAAA